UAAGGUCGCUGUUUCCCGAUUUUGAUCAUCAUCUUCCUGUGUGGUUAGCUUCCAUGGAUCCCUGUCUACUCUUCUUUACUUCCGUGAUUGAACGAAUUACAUACAUCUAUUGAUUCAUUUGAUCCAUAACUUCAUUCAGUUCAUGUUCUUGAUUCACUGAAACGGACCGAUAAGCUUGAUUAUGCAUGUUUUUCUGUUCAAAUCCAUCUACUCCUGAUGAACUUCCGCCUACACUAGGGUUUUACGGUACUAUGAUGGUAUACGAAUGAGUGUUUCAUGAUGUCAUGGAAAAGAGGAAUAAAUCUACAUGGAUGCUCCAGACAAGUCGUCUGAUCUUUUUGGUGUAUUGAAGUCUUGGAUUAGUUGGAGAUCUGAACCGGCUAAUGUGUCUAGGGACUUUUGGAUGCCAGAUCAGAGUUGCUUGGUUUGCUACGAGUGCGAUUCGCAGUUCACGUUGUUCAACAGAAGACAUCAUUGUCGACAUUGUGGACGGAUCUUUUGUGCAAAUUGUACUUCAAAUUGGGUUCCUGUAAUAACUAGUGAGCAAGCCUUUUCAAGAGAAGAUUGCGAUAAGAUUAGGGUUUGUACUUUUUGUUUCAAGCAAUGGGAGCAAGGGCUAACUGCUGUUGACGAAAGGGCGGAGGAAGCGAGCGUGGCCCUUAGUAAUUCUCCAUCUGCAGCGAGCUUUGUUAGCACAAAAUCCAAUAGCACUAUUACCAGCAGUUGCAAUACUUUUUCAUCAUUUCCACAGUCUUUUGGAUCUUAUCGACAUAAUCACCCUCACAUUCCCAUCUUGCACCAACUGUCACCAACAGAGAUGGAUUUAGAUGGCGAGAGUUUGGCAGCUUCUGAUAAAGCUGAUGGGCAUGUUAUUGAUGUGGGGAAUCCAUCUCCACACCAAUUUAGAUACUUCAAUACCAGGAGUUAUGAUGAUGAUGAAGAAUUUGGUGUAUAUCCGUUAAAUUCCAAUUCAGGGGAUUUUUCUCAGACUAAUGGUUAUUACAGUGCAGUGGAAUUUGAUGAGACAGAUCAUGACUAUGGAUCCUCUAAGGUUCAUCCUUCUGAGGAGGCUAUUGACACCCAAAAUAUUAGCAAUUCACAUAAUGGUUUUGAGGAUGCUCAAGGAAUACAGCAGCUCAUUAAAGAGGAAGAACAUGUGGUUGAUGAAUGCGAACCAUCUUCUUUAUAUGCUGGAGCAGAUGUGGAUGCUGAACCAGUGGAUUUUGAGAAUAAUGGAACUCUUUGGCUUCCUCCUGAUCCAGAAGAUGAAGAAGGUGAUAGGAAACUAAGGGAAGUUCCUUUGUUUGAUGAUGACGACGAUGAUGGUGAUACUAUCGGUGAAUGGGGGCAAUUACGUAGUACUGGGAGUUUUGGCAGUGGAGAGUUACGAAAUAGGGACAAAUCAAAUGAGGAGCACAAGAAGGUCAUGAAGAACGUGGUUGAUGGGCACUUUAAGGCUCUAGUAUCUCAGCUAUUGCAUGUUGAGAAUAUAUUGUUGGGCCAGGAUUGUGAUCAAGACAGCUGGUUGGAGAUAAUCACAUCUUUAUCUUGGGAAGCUGCAUCAAUGUUAAAGCCAGAUACAAGUACUGGAGGGGGAAUGGACCCAGGAGGGUAUGUGAAGAUAAAAUGCAUAGCUUCAGGGCAUCCUUAUGACAGUGUUGUGGUUAAAGGAGUUGUUUGUAAGAAGAAUGUGGCUCACAGACGGAUGACAUCAAUAAUAGAAAAACCAAGGAUCAUUAUUCUUGGAGGGGCACUUGAGUAUCAGCGGGUUUCUACUCAGUUGUCAUGUUUUGAUACUUUGUUGCAGCAGGAAAUGGAUCAUCUGAAGAUGGCUGUUGCGAAGAUUGAUUCUCAAAAUCCUGAUAUCCUUUUGGUGGAGAAAUCAGUCUCUAGACAUGCUCAAGAGUACCUUCUUGCAAAUGAUAUAUCACUUGUGCUUAAUAUCAAAAGGCCUCUUUUAGAACGCAUUUCUCGCUGUACUGGCAGUCAAAUUAUACCCUCGGUUGAUCAUCUUUCACCUCAGAAGUUGGGAUACUGUGAUAAGUUUCACGUGGAGAGAUUUCUUGAAGAGCAUGGCUCUGCUGGACAGAGUGGUAAGAAGUUGGUAAAGACGUUGAUGUAUUUUGAAGGGUGCCCAAAACCACUGGGAUGUACGAUAUUGCUUAGAGGUGCCAAUGGGGAUGUCCUGAAGAAAAUCAAACAUGUAGUGCAGUAUGGAGUGUUUGCAGCUUAUCACUUGGCUCUGGAAACAUCUUUCCUUGCGGAUGAAGGAGCCUCCCUGCCAGAACUACCCUUGAACUCACCAAUAACAGUAGCACUUCCAGAUAAUCCACCCAACAUUGGGAGGUCCAUAUCAACAGUAUCAGGCUUUGUUGUAUCGUUGGAUGGAAAAACUCAAGGAUCUCUACGUGGCUCUGAGCUGCAGAGGUUCAGCAGUGUCCCGACAACUCCCAACACUCCAGCCCACAGUGUUUCACAACUUGGUUUUCCUGGGGGUCCUGCCUCAGUGAACAUAAAUUUUCCUUCAAAUUCCAUCAAUUCCGCAAAUAGUUUUCCUCCCGUUUCCAUCUCAGGGCAAGUAACGCUCAAUUCUUUUCACGUUCUUCAAUCACCAACUAUUGUGUCUGAGGAGGGAAAUGCAGUUAAUUGGAGAGUAUACUCGGAAGCAAAUUCUCCCACUGGGAAUGAAGGUGAUCAGUAUAUUGGUAAUAGAUUUCUCUCUUCUCAAGCAGUGGGUCCAAGUGGUGAGAACUUAAAUAGCACUACUGGUUUCGAGGUGAAUGCAGUACCACAAGGUGCGAUCAUUCACGAGGAAUCCUCAAGCGAAGCGUUUCCUCCAUCACCUUCUGAUCAUCAAAGUAUACUGGUUUCCUCAUCAUCUCGCUGUGUUUUGAAGAGAUCUGUGUGCGUAAAAUCGCAUCUCUUACGAAUUAAAUAUUAUGGAAACUCCGACAAACCAUUGGGACGCUUCUUGCGAGAUCAUUUGUUUAAUCAGAGUCGAUGUCAAACAUGUGACAUGCCAUCGGAUGCACACGUUCAUUGUUAUACUCAUAGACAAGGCACACUUACAAUAUCUGUGAGGAACUUGAAAGACAACUUACCAGGUGAAAAGGAAGGAAAGAUCUGGAUGUGGCAUAGGUGCCUGCGGUGUCCUAGGGCAAGUGGUUUUCCACCUGCAACCAAAAGAAUUGUGAUGUCUGAUGCAGCCUGGGGUUUGUCUUUUGGGAAGUUUCUGGAGCUCAGUUUUUCGAAUCACGCAGCUGCAAGCAGAGUGGCAAGUUGUGGUCACUCAUUACACCGCGAUUGUCUUCGAUUCUAUGGAUUCGGUAACACGGUUGCUUGCUUUCGUUAUGCGCCAACUGAUGUCCUUUCUGUGUGCCUUCCGCCUUCUAAGCUUGAUUUCAACUAUGAGAAGCAAGAUUGGAUAGACAAGGAAAUGGAUGAGGUUGUCAACCAAGCUGAGCUUCUGUUUGCAGAAGUACUCAAUGCUCUUCGGCAGAUGGCAGAGAAGAAAUCUUCCUCAGGAGCAUUUAGCGGUGGCAUGAAAUUGGCUGAAUCAAAACGUCAGCUUGCAGAUCUUGAAGUCUUGUUGCAGAAGGAAAAGGCUGAAUUUGAGGACUCACUCCAGAAAGUCCUGAAUAAGGAGGUACAAAAAGGUCAACCUGUUGUGGAUAUUUUGGAGAUUAACCGAUUACGGAGGCAGUUAUUGUUCCAGUCGUAUAUGUGGGAUAACCGCUUAAUCCAUGUGGCUAGUUUAGACAAUAACAACAACCUUCAUGGUGGUUUGAGUAGAUCGUGUUCAGAGCAAGUAGAGAAUGUUGCAAAUAGCAGCCCUAUUAAAUCUGAGAAACUUCAAAGUAGUGGUGAGUCACUACCUGUGGAUUUAAAGCUUCGUGUGAAUCCUGAUCAAGUGAUUGAUGCUAGCAUAUUCUUAGAGCAAGGAAAGGAUAACCAAACUAAUUGCCAAUCUCCGGGAUUUGAACUUCCAGAAACCAAUGCGAUAGUCCACAGGAGCCUUUCUGAGGGACAGUUCCCAAUGCAAAACUUGUCAGACACUCUUGAUGCUGCUUGGACAGGUGAAACUUCCAUGGAUUCUUCAAGUGAGUUAAUAACUGGCGAGAAGUUAGAUAAUGGAGAUGAGAGUUUGUCUAAGAUGUUGGCUGCCAAAGCCUUUGAUAAUCUCGAAGAUUCUGUAAGUUGGCUGGGAAUGCCGUUCUUGAGUUUCUAUAGAUCGUUAAAUAAGAAUUUAUUGGGAAGCACUCAGAAGCUCGACACAAUUGGCGAGUAUAAUCCUCUGUAUGUAUCUUCAUUUCAUGAGGCGGGACUACAAGGAGGGGCUAGAUUGCUUCUUCCUGUUGGUAUCAACGAGACUGUCAUUCCUAUUUACGACGACGAGCCAACUAGUAUUAUAUCAUAUGCACUCGUAUCUCCAGAUUACCUUCUUCAACUGUUAGUUGAAUGUGAAACCGCCGCUCCAUUGCUGUCGGCCAGUUCUGCAAAUUUACCAUUACUCAAUUCGUUUGAUGAGACUUCGAUGGAGUUACACAGAAGUCUUGGAUCUGUGGAAGACAGCUUUUUGUCUUUGUCUUCGUCUCGAAGUUCACUAUCUUUGGACCCACUGUCGUACACGAAAGCUUUGCAUCCUAGGAUUUCGUUUUCGGACGAUAGUCCACGUGGAAAGGUGAGAUAUUCUGUGACUUGUUAUUAUGCAAAGAGGUUUGAAGCGUUGAGGAAGAUAUGCUGUUCUUCUGAGAUGGACUAUAUAAGGUCUCUUAAUCGAUGCAAGAAGUGGGGAGCUCAGGGUGGUAAAAGCAACGUGUUUUUUGCAAAAACUUUGGAUGACCGUUUCAUCAUUAAACAGGUUACAAAGACUGAGCUAGAGUCUUUUGUAAAGUUUGCUCCUGAGUAUUUUAAAUAUCUAUCUGAAUCGAUUCUUACGGGAAGCCCAACAUGCCUGGCAAAGAUUCUUGGUAUUUAUCAGGUUACCUCAAAGCAUGUGGGAGGUAAGGAAACGAAAAUGGAUGUCCUGAUUAUGGAGAAUCUUCUGUUCGGAAGAACAUUGUCGCGGCUUUAUGAUCUGAAAGGAUCAUCUCGAUCAAGAUACAAUGCAGAUGUUAAUGGAAGUGACAAAGUCCUACUUGAUCAGAACUUGCUUGAAUCAAUGCCAACUUCUCCAAUAUUUGUUGCUCACAAGGCUAAGCGGUUGCUGGAAAGGGCCGUGUGGAACGACACUUCGUUUCUUGCUUCAAUUGACGUGAUGGACUAUUCGUUAUUGGUCGGGGUGGAUGAAGCGAAUCACGAGCUGGUUGUGGGUAUAAUCGAUUUCAUGAGACAAUACACAUGGGACAAACACCUCGAAACAUGGGUGAAAGCCUCCGGAAUUCUAGGCGGUCCAAAGAAUGAACCUCCAACCGUAAUUUCACCCAAACAAUAUAAGAAACGGUUUAGGAAAGCCAUGACAACGUAUUUCCUAAUGGUCCCCGAUCAAUGGUCCCCUCCUACAAUCAUUCCGAGCAAGUCGCAUCUUGAUCUUUCCGAAGAUAACGUGACUUGAGAUUAAAAUAAAAUUGAGAUCUUUCUCGAGAGCUUGGUCGAAAUUUAAUGGGCUUUUGGCUCGGGUAAGACUCUGUAUAUUUUUAUUUUUAGGUGCUUGUACAUUUGGUGGUCACUUUUCUUUUUCAUACAUUUGUUAUUGGUGGUUUUUUUUUUUUUUCUCUUUUUAUUUUGCAAUUAUAUGUGGGAUUCUAUAAUCUUUAUACUAUACUAUAUAUAUAUAUUGUUUGUAGAUAGAAAAGUGUUAAGGAAAGCUGUUGGAAUGGAAAGUCCCCAAGUUUUUGUACUUUAAUGGACCUUCUUGUAAUUUUAAAAAUAUGGUAUUUUUAUUCUUUUAUUUUGUUUUA